AAUUCACAUCUCAUUGUCGAUUAAUCUACAUCUGAAGCCCUAGCAGCAAUCUCUUUCCAGAUUUCUCGAUAGCGUAUUUGAAUUUAUUUACUUUUUUUUAGAAGAAAUGGAUACAUCGAAUCCCGCGGCUUUUGUUAACGCCGAGUUGCUGCGGAUGCAUGUAGGCCGGAGAGUGCGCGCGGUGAUCCAAGUGCUCAGAAACGACGUCGGUUCAAUAACCGGAAAAUCCACCGACGAGCAGGAACUGGUCGUCAAGGGGCAUCCUAUUAGCCCCCUCACCACUUUUGUUGAGGUUAUCGGCUUCGCUGACAGUAACCGCACUAUUCAGGCCGAGAUCUGGACCAAUUUUGGAGAUAAUUUUGAUGUAUCAGGCUACAAUACUAUUUGUCAACUUGCAAAUGGAGAUUUCAAACACUUUGUUCAUCUAAGCUGGGGAUGAAUGAAUCCACUCACAAGUAGGACAGUUGUUGAAUUUGUUACCAUAUGCUCUGAAUUUUUGGUAUCUGAAUUUGAGCCUUUUAUGCCUUCUUGUGGUAUUUGCUUCUGUUGAUCCGACAAUCCAACCAAUGCUCGUUCCUUGAUUU